AUGAGAUUUCUUAUUACACACAAUACAACCUCUGCAACCUUAAACACAUUUACAGAGGAACUUGAGAAGUGUGGAGUCACGACAAUAGGAAGAGUGUGUGAAGCAACUGAUGACACUACUCUCGUGGAGAAAGAAGGCAUCCGUGUUCUCCACUGGCCUUUUAAUGAUGAUGCACCACCGUCUAACCAGAUUGUUGAUGACUGCUUAAGUCUUGUAAAAAUCAAGUUUCGUUUCAUGAAGAACUGUUGUAUUGCUGUUCAUUGUGUUGCAGACCUUGGGAGAGAUCUAGUGUUUGUUGGCCUCACUUUAAUUGAAGGUGGAAUGAAAUACGAAGAUGCAGUACAAUUCAUAAAACAAAAGCAGCAGGGAGCUUUUAACAGCAAGCAACUUUUGUAAUUGGAGAAGUAUCGUCCUAAGACGCAGCUGCGCUUCAAAGACUCCAAUAGUCAUAGAAACAACUGUUGCAUUCAAUAAAAUUGGGGUGCCUGAUCCUAUUGCCUUGGAAGUAAAACUUGAGACAGGAC